GCGCAGCCAAUGUUUUGGUUUUACAUACGGAGUUUUGGUAAUAUUUAGUUUCGUUUUUGAAUCCAAGCUUAACUUGGCCUGAAUUAUACAAAAAGCGUUUCAGCAAAAGAAAAAAUGGCAAAGACAAUAAGGACAUUUUGUGAUGUUUUAAAUGCGAAAAGUAAAGAUGUUGACAGUAAACUGUCAGAAUACGGCUCAUAUGUGGACGACUGGUACGAUGGUUUAACAGGAAGGAAGAAAUACAUACUGGAAGUGACCCUGAGGUUUCCACUGGUUGUGAUUAUGUAUCUCUGGAUGACUUGCCUUGCUCCUUACUACAACAACUGGCUUCUAGAUGCACCUUUCCUCGUCGUUAGAUAUACAGGACUCUUGUUUAUCUUGGUGAGGUUUAUAUCCAGUUUCGAGAACCUCUUACCGUUCUACGUGGCAACGUUUUUAGUUUCUGUAUCUUCCGUUGUUUCCCAAUACGUGUACUGGAUUUCCCGAAGUGCAGCUGAGGAAGUGUGUUUUCAAGAUGCACUUGGACCUUGCUGGAGCGCCGGAGAUCCGCUAUGGACCCCUACCAUUUUUGCAAUCGUUCUGCGGAUAUUGUGUAUGUUCCAUUUAUUGUACUAUUCCGUUGAUGCAGUCUUAAUGGUUGUUUCUUUGGUUUCGAGUCUAAUAACCCUGCUCAUGUGUUCGACAUCCUGGUAUAUUGUAGCUGAAGUAGACUACCUGGCUAACGGUUUCUUCUUGAUCCUCUCACUUUUAAUGAUAUAUGUGCGGUGCGAAGAAAAUGACGAAUCGAGUGUUAACAAAAAACUAACAAAAUUACGUGGUCAGUUAGCAAGAGAAGAAGACAGUGGAAGAAGAACACAUGUUGAUGAUCUUUUGAAAUAUUAUGAGAUGAAAAAGCAAAGAAUUGAUGCCGAUGACUGGAAAGUUAAAAUGACAAAGGAUGUUAUCGAUCUAAUAACCGCAAUAUUUGCUAUUUUUAGCAUGAUGAUCAUCCUCUUGAACCUAUCUACACGGCUUUGGACUUUGCUUCAUUAUUCUGACAAUAUUUAUUUAGAGUUGAAUCAUUUGAUUGAUUCCAUUUUCCCUUCUGUGUCAGAGAGUUGCAACAAUUGUAUAACGUUUGUUGGAUUGACCUUUGUGUUUGGAAAAAUGUCUUAUAUAUUAAUAUAUGCCAUCAACAAAUUCCUAAACGUGGCUCAACCUAACUUUGAUAACUUGAAGUAUCUAGUAGAAAUUUUCUUCGUUAGCGCUUGCGUCGAGGGAGGUAUCAUCUAUGCUGAUAUAAAAACAAGGGAAAGAAAUUUAGAGGGUGUUUUGUUGAUGACGAUGUUUCAAAUUUUCUUGCAUACGCUUGGCACAGUAGAAAAUGAAAUUCUUGCCCUCGCAAACGAGGGAGGAAGAACACCACCCAUGCGCCUGAUGAAACUUGGAUUGGUCUUAGCAGCCAUAACAGUCGUUCCGACAUAUUUUGUCAUCACACAUGCUUCACCUGCUUUACAUGUCAAUGUUUGGAAUCUGAUCAAUCUCGCCGGAAAUCUGACCUUAUUAGUAAGGGUAUUUUACAUCCUUGUAGAAUGUUUCUUGCUUUGGAUUUCAUGGCAUUUAACUCAGUUAAACGACAAUAUAAAACGCGCUUUAAAUUGCGUCCGGGUGAUAAAAGGGUUUUCAAUUUUGACGACGACUCUAUUGAUGGCAUACUAUCGCUUGAUGGCCCCUUUUUUGGUGGCAUUUUUCUGGUUGCGCGUAGUUUCAAAUAUCAUUUUGGUAGUAUUCGUUAUCGUUCGCGUCAUUUACAUUGAAUGGGCAAAGUAUAAGAUCAGAAACGAGCUCCUGGACUUUAUAAGUGGACUUCCAAACGCAUCACAAAAAGAAGAAAACACAGAAUGUUCUGUAUGUUACAUUGAAAUGGAUGCUGGGAAGAAACUUCCUUGUGGGCACAUGUUUCAUCAUGAUUGCCUCAAGAGAUGGUUUCAUGUGCGAAAUAUGUGUCCAUACUGUAACACUGUCGUGAACAUUCCCCGACGAAUCCUCACACCCGAGGGACUUGUAACCGUCAACCAGAACCAAGCAGGUAUAGAACAAUAAAGGCAACAACAGCUUUUACAACUGCAACAACAGCAAGUGCAACGGAGGCCAAAUGAAGCGCUUCGACAAAAAACAUCCCUUUGAACAUUAACAUUUUUCUAAAACAAAAAAACAGGAAUACACAAAAAAACUAACUUCCAGUGAAUAGGAUUAAGAACUGAUGUGAGUUAUCUUAAAUAUAAUAUUAUAAUAAUGACUUUUGAAAAUUCAUUUAAACUCACAUGUCCAAGAACGGUAAUUGUGUUAUAUUUGACACAAGUUGUAUUUUUAGACCAUUUUUACAUUUCUUUUUUUGUGAAUAUAUAUCUAAAACUAUAUCGUAUCAAUGUUAAAAUAUGAAUAUCUAUCCUCAUGAAACACUUUUUGCUAGUUGUUUGUUUAUUUCUAUGAAAUAACUCCUCUUAUGUUACACAUUUAACUGACAAAAAGUAUCCUAAAAUAAAUAACGUGGCACUUUCGUCUUAGAAUUAAUGACUUGACAUAUUAUAAGAUGUUUCUUAUAUAAAUGCUUGAUAUGAUAUGUGAUUGAAUAUCCAUUGUAAUGUACAUAGUCUUAUUUGAGCUGUUGUAAUUAAAUACGUAUCGUUACUUUAAACUUGUAGUAUUUGUAAGAUUUGAUUGAGUCUCUAAUGUUGAUUGAUUACUUCAUUUGUUUUAAAAGCCGGUGAGAACAAUAAUUAACAAACCUCCCACAAUAAACUAUUUCGCAACUGUGGCACAUAAAUCACUUAAAUUACGCAUUUCUAAUGUUCUGUUUGGUCUGAGACUUAGAGAACAGCUUUUGUAGUCCUCUUAGUGGAAUCUUUCUAUUACAAUUUUAAUAUGUAUUCCAAGACUGUUUUCCAUUUGAGUGAUGUUUUAUGUUCUUUUAAAUAUCGUAUGUGAGGUAUUGACUAUUAAAUGUGCAUGUAUACAUCUCCGCUAUGUACAAGUAUGCUCCUGGUAUGUUGUCACCACAUAUUACACUUGUAUUUGAAAUACUUCGAAUUAUACACUCUGAAAUAAA